AUGAAGACUGUCACUGUGCUCUCCCUCCUCGCGGCCUUGGCCCAGGCACACCCUACUCAGGAUCGUGCUGUUGAGAAGGCCGUUCGUGCACCUCAUCCCGGCGCGGCCCACCAGCUCGACAAGGCUGGCGGCUUCUCCCAGAAGGCCAGACGUGCUCCUCAAGGCUGGGGAAACGGCGGUUGGUGGGGAAACUUCGGUGGCCAUGGACAGUCCGCUGCUCCCUCCGCUGCUCCCACAGCUACUCCCACGGCCGCUGCCGCAGCCACCACUGCUGCUACUACGACCAACCCCGUUCGCGUCGCAGCUGCCAGCUCCACUUCUACUGCGAACACCACUUGGAACCCUCCUUCGGAUCUCGUCCAGGGCCUCACUGAGGUCUGGGACAAGUACACGACGGACAACACCGAGUUCAAGAACCUUGGCUACGACCACAUCAUGGCCACCAAGGCCAAGAUCCAGUACUGUGUCCGCUGGGACGCAUCCACAAAUAAGAUCACUGCUGCUCAGCGCCAGAAGCUCGAGACCGUCCUGAGCACACAGUACAACAAGUGGGUUUCCAAGGCUCUCGCCGGUUUCGACGGCUUCCCCUACGACUCAGUGGACGUGUCCAUCUCUGGCUGGGCCACCAACAACACCGCGCUCUUCGAGGGAGACACCUCCGACCUGAACAUCUACACCGACACAGCCGAUGUCGACGGCAUCCCCGAGUGCGACCCCGCCUGCGGCCGUGCCAUGCACUACACCGACAACGACUACAGCGGCUGCGCCAAGGGCGAGGCCGGCCGCUACGACGUCUCCCUGUGGCUCAGCGAGAACAUGAACGGCCAGAUGGGCGGCUUUGGUGGUGACUGGGGCCAGCAGCUCCCCAUCGACUACAUGAUCGACAACCUCGACACCGAGAACAUCCACAUCCUCCUGCACGAGAUGGGCCACACCUACGGCCUCGAUGACUUUUAUGACUGGACCCCUACUGGCCAGACAUCUUUCAUCAUGAUGGCGGGCUCAGCCAUGGAGAUCACUGACUUCGAUGCUUGGAUGGCCCGUGACUGGUGGAGGCACAUCAAGAGCAGGUACGACCUGUAA